AUGUUGCGCAAAGCUGGAGUCUACGGAGACCCCAAUCGCGCUCACAACGAACGCAAGUUGGAGAUUACCUACCUGCGAGAGAAGGUGGGUCAGUUGGAGACAGAGCUACAUUCUCUGCAGGAGCACUCCAUAUCGUCCACGCCAAGUGCAUGGGGGGAAUUUGCUGCUCGUGAAAAAAGCAAACGAGAAGAAUCGGAGCGCGAGAACGUCCGACUGAAACUAAUACUGGCGAGUCAGAUUAAAGUGGCAAAAAGUUUGGAGGCCAUACUGUUGAAGCGAGCUCAGCAGCAGAUUGCCGAGUGCUCUGCGUCAAUCCAGAGAUCAGUUGAUGUAGCAUGCCCUUCAGGCCGCACGUUGGACUUCCGCGCCGAUGCCUCAGAUUUCCAGGAGCUUUUGGAGUAUCUCAAUGCUACUUAUCGCGAAGUCGAUUCGGUGCUGGCCAGCAAUGGUCUCGCUUGGAUGGAGACGACGCAGCAAGACGUGCAAAUGCGCGAAGGGGUCGGUGGCAUGUACCUGGAAGUGUUUUCGAACAAAAUCAUGCCUUUCGGACUGCAUGCCACCGCAGAGGCGACGUGGAACUAUUUCAAGGGCUCGAAGAAGCACCGAGGCACAUUGUACGCGAAGGCUGCUCAGAACCUCGACACGCCUUACACGAUCAUCGAGCACUUUUCCAAGGAGCUGGUCGCCGGCAACUCAAGCACCGACGUUCGCAUCAAGCAAAUUGUGCGUCGCUACGUGGAGGCCGAUCGCGAAGUCGUCGUAUGGGUGGCGUCCAUUGAGCCCGUUGAUAUGACGCAAAAACCCUUCGGUGGAUUCAAGUCUCGUCACCGGAACUACGCAGUCAUCAAGCGUGCGAGGGCCUCGACACCUCAGCACGAGCUUUCGUUGCUGCAACUCGUCUCUCAUGGCAUGCUCGACACACAGGCAGGCACCAUGUACGACCCCAAAUACGUCAGAGCACUCACCGACUUCCUGCUGAACGAUGCGGCUCGCAACAUCAAGGCUGACCAGCAGCUCAUCGAAAAUGUCCUCAUGGACCAGAUGCUGCGGCCCUGA